ACAGACGGGAAGACUCUGGAGGUGUCAGACCGUUCUGGAAGGGGAAGCACAGAUGGUAUAAGUGCCAGUCACAGCCGUUGCUGCAACAUUAGCGGUCUUGUGAGAAGAGACAUUCAGCAGCGUGUUACUUCAAGUUCCAAUGGCAGAUAUCAAAAGUGCCCCAAGCCAGAAAGCUAAGGCCAAAGUUAUGGCCUUCAAGUCUCAGAAAGACAUGUUCCAGAAGAUGGAGGAAUCGUUCAAGUUCUGCGCUAGUUGCGGAAAGCGUCCCGGUCAGGUCUCAGAUACACAAACUCUCAAACGCUGCAUAAGUUGUCUGAAUGUAUACUACUGCAGCAAAGAAUGUCAGAAGUCUGAUUGGCCUCAGCACAAGAAGGUCUGUCCAGUGUUGCGUCUCGUGGCCAUCGACCGAUUAGUGGAGUGGCUAGUGUUCAAAGGAGACCUCCCGUUCCCUACGGAUAAGUGGACCCGACCACAAGGGGAGGUGAAGUGCUGGGAUGACUGGCUUGCCAUGCAAGGGGACCUCACCCCUAAGUUGGACGCCAUCUUGUCUUGCACUAAUAUGAAAGACCUUUGGACCAACGCUGGCAGGCCUAAGCCAGAUGAUGAUGACCUAAGGAAGUCCAUUUGGCGGGUGUCAAGCGAGUUUCUCUGCCGGCCACUGACUAUUGCCAUGGGGUUUAGACUGUUUGGCCUAAACCCAUAUUCCAAACCCCUCACCAUCCACUUAAUAGGGAUUUCUGACACUGAGACCCUUGGAGCGCGACUGACGGACUUUGAUGAACUGGACCGCAUGUACCCUGGACACCAGGGUAUUGAAGUGGUGAUGGUGGGGCCAGAGGUGGUGGACGGGCCCAUCAUGAGGAGCCCUCUGACAAGCUUUGGCCCCAAGACCAAGACCUUCAUCAGUGCCUACAAGGGCCUCUACCACCAGUUCUACGAGGAGCUUGUGGAGACAAAAGCGGCAGCAAAGCCAGAUCUGGUGGUUGGAUUCCAUCCCGGGUUUGAUGCCAGUCAAGGCCUGGAUGAAGGCUGGUUACCCACACUUUUGCUCCUCAGGGACUACGAUAUCCCCUCCUUGUUUACUGCAGCUGACGAGACAGAGAUGACCUACUCUCUACAGAUUCUUUCAGAGCUGGAGAUGGAUUUAAAAGGCAGUGGCGUCAACCCCUUUGCCUCUCAGAAACCAGAACAGGUCCAGGCCACCCCCAACAAAACACCUGUGUACUGCAACUCCCAUUAUUUCUGUUUCCAGGGUCUGCUUGAGACGGUGGAGUUUGAAGAACCAGAGGAUGACUGAGUUUUUCAUUGAAGUCAAACAUGA